AUGACGAACCACGGGAAAAGAGGAGAAACACCUUUGUCUCAGCCACCGUGCCACCCUACCCCCGAACCAAAAAAGACACGAGGCCCGGCAAGCCCCCCAAAACGGUGGGCCGGGGCACUCAUCCCGCCCCCGGGUCACCGGCCAACUCCCAACUCGUUCCCCCCGCUCCCCUGGGGCCUUGUGGCAAUCAACAGGAAUCCUCCCCCGGCCGUGCCUUCCUCAACACCAUCUCUACCGUAA